AUGCCUGGUGCAGACAGAAGAGAGAUGCAAGAGAGGGUACUUUUGAACCGCACUGCUGAUAAGGAGCAAAGACUGUUAUCUGGGAGAGGCAACCAUUCUGGGAAACUGUCUCAGCCUCAGAAGAAGCUCCAGGAGGCUAUUUGUGUGCUGCUGGUGGAGCUGUGUGAGAGAUUCACGUUCUUUGGCAUUGUCUGCAACAUGAUCCUCUUCUGCACUGUCAAGCUUGGCUAUCGCAACUACCAAGCAGCUAUUGUCAAUAUGUGCUUUGUAGGCACCUCCAUGUUGAUGCCAGUGCUGGCUGGCUGGCUUGCCGAAUGCCUUGUGGGGAGGAUCAAGCUUGUGUGCAUCUGCAUGUUUCUACACUUCCUAGGCACAGCCCUGUUACCUGUUGUGGCAUUUCCCUUUGAAGAUAUUUACAUUGACAGACGACACAUUCUUCAUACACUAACAAAAAGGGAGCAGAAAAUAGUAUUCUACUUUGCACUACUCACGGCUAGUCUGGGAGUUGGAGGCAUAAGAGCUAUAGUUUGUCCGUUAAGUGCAUACAACCUUGAGGACUGUGGACCGAAGGAACUUCUUUCCUUUUUCAACUGGUUUUAUUGGCUGAUUAACUUAAAUUCAGCAGUUGUCUUUGUCAGCAUUUCUUAUAUACAGCAGUCUGUGGCCAGGAACCUUGGUUUUCUUAUCCCAUUUGUGUCCGUGCUUAUGGCUAUGAUCACAAUUCACAUGGUGCGUGGCGAAAUGAUUUACAAGCCCAAAACAGACAGUUCCCUGCUGACGACGUUUGGGGUAAUUGCUAGUGCACUGAAAACCUGCUGCGUGCGAUAUCGCUACUUUGGUGGAAGCGUUACAAACUGGUUAGAUCAUGCCAAGGAAAACUAUGGUGGUCAGUACAGUGAGAUUCAGGUGGAAAGCACAAAGUCACUUGCCAAGCUCUUCCCAUUGUUUGCUUUCCAAAUUCUGUACAGAGCAUGUAUUAUGCAGAUUCCUUCAGGAUAUUAUCUCCAAACCAUGAAUUCCAACUUGCACUUCAGUGGAUUCGUCUUGCCAGUUGCAGCAAUGAAUGUGAUAAGCAUCGUGCCACUACUGAUCCUUGUUCCUAUUUUGGAAUGCAUUAACUCAUAUCUCUUUAGUUCCAAGGGCACUGGACAUUCUCCAACAAUUUACAUUGUCAUAGGUCAGUUAUCUGCUGCACUUUCCGUGAUGGUUGCUGGCUUCUCUGAAAUACACCGAAAGCAUUUCCCUCAGGUGGAGCAGACGCUUUCUGAGGAGGUUCUCCUGGUCUCUUCCAUGCCUUGUUUCCACUUAGCUCCUCAGUACAUCCUACUUGGAGUGGCUGAAGCCUUGGUAACUCCCUCCUGUUCCUUACUUUCAUUCCGGCUUGUGCCAGAAAGAAUGAGAGCGAUUUCCAUGCAUUUUUUAACUCUCUUUAAUGGAGCUGGCUGCUUUAUAGGAGCGUUUUUUGUUCAGACAGCCCACGCAGGCUCUCAAGGCAACUGGUUUCCACACUUGCUGCGUGAAGGUAAAUUGGAGAGAUUCUUCUUCUUCUUGGCUUCCUUAAUGAUGGUGAACACCCUGGGGUUCUGGACUAUUGCACACAGAUACAACAGUCUGAUUCAGGAAUACACCAAUGAUUUCAGAGGAAGUCUUCCUGAAGAAAAACUUUUGAAGCAUGAAAAAACCAUCAAACAUUAUGGUAGUGUCCUGGAACAUUCUCCCAUUUUGUCUCCUAUGGAGAAAACCUGAUAAAAUUUCACCCUUGUUUGAUUUUGAUUGUUACCAACAAACUUCUAAUGGUAAAUUACCUUGUAUUGUUUAGUGGAACUGCCAAUGUAUUUAUUAAUUAUCUCAGGAAUAAUAAUGUUAUUUAUAAAUUUACAAAAUAGAAGUUGCCAUAAGAUUUGGCCUUGUAGGAUGCUGCACUGUCAUAAUGCACAUCAAAUACAAUGAGAGCUUACUGCUUGGCAUAGUUGAUGGAAAGAGUCUUUUAAUCUCUAUGGGGAAAUAGAUAGGUAUCCACAUGUAUUUGUAUUUAGUAAUGGUUCAAAAUCAAUAAACUCAUGUAUACAUUUGUUUAGCAAAUUACUCUGUGACAGUAUCAUUUAUAAAUAGAGUCUGGUAUUGGCUGGUUGAUGCUUGCAAAGGUAGGAGUGUUGUGUUCUGUUCUUGGCUCUGCUACUUAUCUGCUACCUAGCCUUCAGCAAGUUCUUUCUUUAACUUAGUUUCCCCUUCAGUGAGAUGGACACAGCCAUUCUAACCUUCUUUGCAAAUUGCUUUGAGAUAUACCAAAAAUAUGCUAUAAAUAUAGGUCCAUAAAGUCCAUCAUGAAACAAUGAUGCUGAAGCAUCUAGUCUUAUAUUUUGCAGAAGAACUGUAGAACUUGUCAUUCCUAAGAACAAUAUAUAGAAAACAUGUAGUAAGGGUACUGGAGAUGAGAAUUUAUUGACAUUAGAAUUACUCAUUGUAACCCAGCUGAGGUGGUGAAAAGAAUUAGAAAAACAUUGGGAGAGGGUUGUUGCAGUUGGAAGUGUGGGGGUGGAGGACUGAUUAGCAAAAUGCAUUCCACUUUAAAGAUCUAAAUAAUGUUAAACACGUCCAAAAUUGGCUGACAUAGGGAUUGUGAGUGAUGCUAAUCUAGCGCUUAAGAUUUUAGUUUUUUGAAGUCAUACUACUGCAAAGAGUGAGGAUAGAAGGGGGUCCUUACAUGAUAAGGAAACAUUGAACUCAAAACCUAAAGGACCUCUUUGACAUCGAGAUGAUUGUAUCAGAAGUGGUAGUCAAGCCAUAAUACUCGCUAGGUAUGAAGAGUGCUCUACCACAGGAGAAACCACAUCAAAGGAAUAUGAUGUACUGAAAGUGAAGCAGAGUGUAGUUUGUGAGCUGAAACUGUGAAACAGCUGGUGAAGGAAAUCAUCUCUCCAAGGAAAUUGCCACUCCACCACUAGCCAUAUUUAAUGCUGCAGCUUUGGAUGAGGUGUUGAGGGAGGGGGGGAGCAAAACUUAGUAACUGCAUCUGAGAAGUGGGAAGGCAGGCAGGAGCCCUUAGUUUGAUCUCACAAAUAUUUAAGGUUUAGGAAAAUAAAAAGAGAAGAUGACAUUUAAAGUCAUGAGAUAAAAGGAAAAUUGAAAAAAUGCAAUACAGAUGUAUCAAAGGUAGAUUUGCCAGGCUAACAUAAUGUCUGUGUGUAAUGAGAAUUAAUUUUCUAAACAAACAUAGUAGAGAUGAUCUGCCAUGGUUUCAGUAAAGCACUUGACGUAUAUCCCAUGGGAAAUAAUUAUGAAGAUGGAGAUCAGAGUCAGCAGAAGAGCUACAAGGUGUCUGAGGGACCUGUCAAGUCCAGACGGCAACAGAUAGUGUAGAAAGGGGAGGUAUCCAUCUGGAAGUGAUUGAUUGUGGAACUUGUUUAAUAUCUUUCUUUGUGGUAAAAGAGAAUGUGAUCCAAGGAUCCGAUCCUAGAAGAUCGACUGGUUGAGAUGGAAGAAGUAGUUAUAUCUUCAUCCAGGUUCGUCUGAAAUGGUCAUCCAUUCUGACUAGCGUGGGAUAUGAUGCCUUGACGGCAGAGCUGAAUAUACAAGUUGCUGUUUGCUCUGUAAGAAGUAGUGGGAAGGUCAAAAGGUUGCCUGUUCACCUUGCCCUGGCUCUUUGCCCUGCCAGCAAGAGACAGCGUCUUUCUCCUAAAGCAACUGCACAAGCUGGGCUUGUGCUGGGUUUAUGAGAUGGAGGGGAGGCAAAAGGUUGAAGGACCUAGUCUCCAAGGGUGCUAGAGACUGGAAAGCAGAAAAUUUUGACAUAUUUGACAGUUAUUUGCUUCUAAUGUUGUGUUUUUCUAAAUGAUAUUUAUAUUGCAAUAAACUCAACCUUAAGCCACAGAAUAUUCUAGUUUCUUUCCAUAAAGAAAAAGUAGGAAAUUCCUGAAUACGUUAUUUGAUCUUUGUCCUGGCACACAAAAGCUGCAAAGGUGCUGGGUGGAGUCUGCUGACAAGAGGUCUGUGGUUGCUGUCAAUGUAUUUGAGAGUUACGCACAAAAGGAGAGCAACUCCUUUAAGAUUUGAGCCAGCAAGUAUAAUUGGGCUGGAGAUGCUUUUAGCACCUAACAAUGAUGAUAUUUUUUAAAAAAAACUGCAAAAAUAACAGCAGUUUGGAACCAUUUACAUCAAGAACAAGAAAACAAGAGGCCUAACUCUAUUUUUUUUGUAUAAAGUGUGCUUUGGUGCUUGCCCUCAGGCUGAAUGAUCUCAAGCUUCCUAAGAACUUUUUUUUCCCCUCAAAAAUCAAAAUGUGAGAAUAGAUGACAGCAGAGAAUGGAAUGCAGCUGUUGCACUUUAAUUAUCUGUGGAAAACCAUUCUGCAGGAAGAGGAUUUGUUAACUCCCUGGACAGGACCUCUCUGUCAUGCAAUUAUGCAAGAAAGGCUUUCGGCAAUGGGGAAGGGAGCAGUUGGGUAGCCUUCACAAAGAGAUUCUCUGGAAGAUAUGGGUUAGAAUGGGCUUUAGGCUGAAUAAUUGACUAUUGAAAACUCACUAGCUUCUUCACAUGGAGUAGAAGAAGGGUUUUUCUAUCAUAUUUAGGUAAGAAUUUGGCCUUUUGAAUAGAUGGCAAAAGGAUGGCUGAAUUUUGACAUAUAUCAAUAUACAGAAGUCUAUCAGUCAUGCUCACCAUUAUGACAGAGCAAUUUAGCAGUUAUACCCAACAGAUGGGGAUGCUUCUUGAACUGCAGCAUCUGGGCCUCUGUACAAAGCUGAUGGAAGUCAUUGUACUUUGAGAGUACCGUCUAAAUUUUACAAAUCUUGUACCAGCACACAGUAAAAUUAGUAUAAAAGAUUCUACAGGUUUGGUCUUGACUUUGAAAGAAGCUGGUUUUCACAUCUUAUUUCAUACAUUAGAAAAAAUGAGAUGACAGAAAGAAUAUGGAAGGGUGUGUGCAUGUGAAAUAAAGCAGUAAGCAGCUGGAAAAUGUUAGAAUAACCUUCAUUGUUUCAGCAUUUUGUUGAUCUAUGGCAAUUUUCAUUCAGAUCUGACUGACUGUGUUUUAGGUCGCCUGAUGAUGUUGCUUUGCACAAAGUAAAUUUAAGAUGUUAAUCCACGUGUUUUAAUCCAUGCCAUAAAGGACUAUGGCUUUUAAAGUUAUUGUAGAAAAACAUUGCCUCUUAAGUGAGGUUAAGAGUGCCUAGAAACAUCCCAGUUCAGUUUUGUAGUUUCAUUAUUGUCUAAAUUUUCUAAAUCUUGUGCCAGCACACAGUGAAAUUAGUAUAAAGGACUCUGUAGAUUCAGUCUUGAUUUUGAAAGAAGGUAUUUUUGUGCUGUCUACCAGUUCUGGUUGUAAGUAUUUCAGUGGGUGCUGUGCUCAGCACAGGUCGUUACUAGUCUUGAACAGCUUUAUGUAUUGCUGAUUGGGGGUGAGGGACUGGUGAUGUUUAAGGGUUAAAUGUGUAUUUUAUACUUUAUUCAUGUAUGCACAUACCAAAAAUACAAGUUCUGUCCCAGACAGGUCAUUUAGCACCUCAGUUAAGUCUAAAUGCAUGGGACACUAUUUUGAGGGAGGGAGGGGAAAGAAAGCUUACUGUAGAGGAUUAAGAUCUCCAUCUGUUAAGUUUGCACUGAUGAUAAAACACAUGCUCCCAGUUGGAACAAGAUGCAUUAAAAGAGCAAUUUCACUUCUACUGCCUAGCAACAAUGUCAUUGAGCACCUGUAAUAGUUUAAACAUUAAGUAUAAUUGGCUUUGCUUGACAUAAAUCUGUAUUUUUGUAAAUAAGAGCAGUUGAGUUUCCAUGUAAUACCAAUUAGCUAUAAGGAAUGCUUUGUUUGCUGAAGCCUGCAGCUUUGCAGAGGAAAGAGGGAGUUGUUAAGACUCAGCAGUAGUAGUCAGAAAGUAGAACCCAGAUCAGACAUUACAUAGGCUUUGAGUGUCCUUGUGCAAGUUAUUUAAUUUUUUUCAGUCAGAUUCCCUAGGUAUGAAAGAAGAAUAAUAUUCGGAAGUCUUUUUUUUGGUGAAGAACCCUGAGUGUGUCUGAUUAAAAUACUUUGAAGGUAAUUUUACAGCGUUAAACUCAGCUGUCUGGGUCUAUGCUGGAUUUGUUUCCCUUCUUUUAGUCAGAGCUACUGUUGCGUCUUGAAGUUUUUGUAAAUCUUCUAGGAAUACUUACUUUCUGCCAGUGAUGGAAGAAAGAGGUGCAUGACCCAGUUGAUAUGAAAGUAAGUCUUGUUCAGCUUCUGUGGGAACUCUGAGCUGGAAAGAUGAGGUAGGAGUAUGCCUGCCUUGUGCCCUGGAGAAAAGCUGCAGAGCAGAACUAAAGCUUUUAGACUUCACCUUGGUGUCUGUUUGCUAUAACGUAUACUAUAAUAGAUUUGCCUUGGCAGAGGCAAAUGCAGCUACCUUCCAGAGAAUGUUUUGAAAGUCUGCUUUUAUUUAAUCUUUUAAAAUAAAUAUCAAAAAUUCACAAGUCUCCUCAUCAUUUCUCUGUUCUGAAUAGAAUAAAAAUGACCUUUUUCCUUUCUAUGUACCUGGUUUCUAGAAAGUCUCUCCACAGAAGUAAUAUUCUGUUGAUGUUAUUAUUCUAGUUUCAGUCUCUUUCUGUAAUCGUAGAUAUAGAUUUCCUUGAUUCAGAGCUUGACAUCUAAACUUUAUACAGUCUACUAGUACUGAUGCUGACUUUUUAAAAUUAUUUAAUCAAUUCUAAUAUUCAGAGGUAGUAAGACUGAUAGGAACUGCUCUAACAAUGAUUUUUUUCACUUUGUUGAAGAUACUUUAUAUCUGCAGAAAACUGGAUAACGCAUCCUAAGACUACAAAAUUGUAGACAUUCUGCACAUUUUCCUAGGGGUUGUGUGCUCUCAGAAAGAAAAUUAGUAGAAGCUUUUUUCAAAUAUUGUAUGACCAACAUCCUACUUUUUUUUUGUUUGUUUUGUCUGGAUGUGGGUUUUUUUGGUGUGGGGUGUUUAUUUUGGGGUUGUCUUUUGUUGCUUUUUUUUCUUU